UUUGAGGUUUUUUUUUGUGUUUUUUUAAGGAAUUAUUAUACUUGUUAUAUGUUAAUUAUGUCAUCUGGGCUUUUUCGGCGCCGUGUUGGAAAUUCUGGGCCAAAUAGAUAUGUUGAAACAUCAUCAACAAGAAAUUAUCAAGAAGAGGAUUUAAAUAGGGAAUCUUUAGGAAAAGAAUGUUGUAAUAUUGAUAAGAAAAAAUAUAAGAUUGUUUUUGAUCCUUUGGAUCUUCAAGAAGAUGAAGAAAGAAGAAAACAACCAUGUCUUACGUUGAUGGAAGAAGUAUUAUUGUUAGGGUUAAAAAAUAAACAGGGUUAUUUGCCUUUUGGAAAUGAUAAUAUUUCAUAUAUUCUUCGUGGAUGUAUAAUUCUAGAGCUUGCAUUUAGAGGUAGAAUUCAAAUGUGCCGUGAUUCUCUUAGAAAGCGGCAUCCACUGCCAGAACGUAUUGUAGAGGUUGUAAAUGAUAAAACAACGGGUGAGACGUUGUUGGACGAGACUCUUAAAAUGAUGAAAACAAGUGAAAAAAUGACGAUUGGUUCAUGGGUUGAUUUGAUGAGUGGUGAAACAUGGAAUUUUAUGAAAAUUGGAUAUCAAUUGAAACAAGUUCGUGAGCGCUUAGCUAAGGGAUUGGUGGAUAAAGGAAUUCUUCGUACUGAAAAGCGGAAUUUUUUGUUAUUUGAUAUGACUACACAUCCUAUUUCAAAUAAUUUUGUUAAAGAUGAUAUUUGUAAUCGUUUGGUGGUUAUGUUAACUGCACCUACAAUAGUUUUACCAACUAGUGUAUUUUUUCCGGAAACGAUAUCAAUGAGGCAUCUUCGUGUAAUUUCCUUAGUUUGUGCAGCCUAUGCUGCAAAUGUUUUGGAAAAUGUUUUUUCUUCUGUUGAAUAUGAAGUUCGUGAGCGUGCUUUCACUCGUGUUGAUGAGUUUUUUAAGGAAUUUUCUCAAUGGCCUUUUACAAUUAAAUAUAGUAGUAAUAUUAAUUGCGUUGAUUCUAAUCUAGCGGAUGUUAUAGCAGAAGAAACAUCUGGAGGAAAAGAUAAAGAAUUGCAGCUUGAAGUUAUUGCUGCUGUUCUUCAAAUAUUUACCCGUUUUGAUUGUAUUUUAUGAUGAUUUUGCACUCUUUUUUAUUGGCUUCUUUUGCUUUUUAUUCAUUGUUUAAUCAUACAGACCAUU